UCUGCCCUGCAGUUUGGCGAGGACACCUUCAACCGGGCCAAGCUGCUCAACGUGGGGUUCCUGGAAGCACUCAAGGACGACGAGGAGUACGACUGCUUCAUCUUCAGCGACGUGGACCUCAUACCCAUGGAUGACCGUAACCUCUAUCGCUGCUACGAGCAGCCGCGACACUUUGCCGUUGGCAUGGACAAGUUUGGGUUCAGGCUGCCCUAUGCCGGCUACUUUGGCGGUGUCUCUGGGCUGAGCAAGUCCCAGUUCCUGAAGAUCAAUGGCUUUCCCAACGAGUACUGGGGCUGGGGAGGAGAGGACGAUGACAUCUUUAACCGCAUCUCCCUGAACGGCAUGAAGGUGUCGAGGCCCAUGACACACCAUCAUACCUCACCCCAGCUUAUCCCUCUCCUCCCUUCCACCAGAUUCACCAAGAUCCAGAACACUAAAAUGACGAUGAAGCGGGAUGGGAUCAGCUCGCUGCAGUACCGGCUGGUGGAGGUCUCACGCCAGCCCAUGUACACCAACAUCACGGUGGAGAUCGGCCGGCCACCGCCCCGCCUGGCCCGGGGCUAG